AGCACCAUGCCUUGUUGACGCUGAAUUGUCAUCAAAUGGUUUAGUCCGAGGAUGGCCGCUGCUGUCGGUGUUAAUAAACAGUCGACCGCAGCAUCGAUGGAGCCGUGUGUCAGACACGGUCGCGGCACCACCGGCAAUGCGGUGAAGGUGCUGGAGUGUGGCGUGUGUGAGGAUGUGUUUUCACUACAAGGCGAUAAGGUACCGCGUCUGCUGCUGUGUGGACAUACAGUGUGCCAUGACUGCUUGACUCGUCUGCCUCUUCAUGGCAGGGCGGUGCGCUGCCCCUUCGACAGACAGGUCACUGAACUGGGGGAUUCGGGUGUUUGGGGCCUGAAGAAGAACUUUGCCCUGCUGGAAUUGCUUGAACGGCUACAGAACGGGGCUAGCAAUCAGUCAGUCAUGUCAGAGGAUGUGCUUCGUGAGAUGGGAGAGUGCAUAAUCCGCUGUGAUGAAGAUGAGACCCAUACUGCCUCCGUGUACUGCACAGUGUGUGCCACACACUUGUGUGCCGAUUGCUCCCAGCUCACCCACUCCACCCGUACACUGGCCAAGCAUCGGCGCGUGCCCCUGGCGGACAAGCCCCAUGAGAAGAUGCUGUGCCCACAGCACCAGGUGCAUGCCAUUGAAUUUGUCUGCCUGGAGGACGGCUGCCAGCCUGGGCCGCUAAUGUGUUGUGUGUGCAAGGAGUAUGGAAAGCAUCAAGGGCACAAGCAUGCUGUACUCGAGGCUGAAGCCAACCAGAUCCGAGCCUCCAUCCUGGACAUGGCACACUGCAUCCGUACGUUCACAGAGGAGGUGUCAGAGUACUCCAGGAAACUGGUGGGCAUUGUGCAGCAGAUUGAAGGAGGGGAGCAAAUCGUGGAGGACAGCAUGGGCAUGGCCCACACCGAACAUGUUCCAGGCACAGCAGAGAGUGCGCGGUCUUGUGUGCGCGCCUACUUUGCUGAUCUGCACGAGACCCUGUGUCGUCAGGAGGAGAUGGCGUUGAGCGUGGUGGACGCACAUGUCCGAGAGAGGCUGAUCUGGUUUCGACAGCAGCAGGAGGACAUGACCAUCCUGCUGUCACAGGUGUCCACUGCCUGUCUGCACUGCGAGAAGACACUGCAACAGGAUGAUUGCAGGGUGGUUUUGGCGAAACAGGAGAUAAACCGACUACUAGAGACUCUGCAGAAACAACAGCAGCAGUUUACAGAGUUAGCCGAUCACAUUCAGCUGGAUGCUGGCAUCCCUGUUACUUUCACUAAGGAUAACCGUGUGCACAUUGGUCCAAAGAUGGAGAUCCGGGUUGUGACUUUGGGUUUAGAUGGAGCUGGCAAAACUACUAUUCUCUUCAAACUGAAGCAAGAUGAGUUCAUGCAGCCCAUACCGACCAUAGGUUUUAAUGUAGAAACUGUUGAAUACAAAAAUCUGAAGUUCACCAUAUGGGAUGUGGGUGGCAAGCAUAAACUCCGGCCCCUGUGGAAACACUAUUAUCUCAACACACAAGCGGUGGUGUUUGUGAUUGACAGCUGUUACAGAGACAGACUGAUGGAGUCUCACAGUGAGCUGGCCAAGCUGUUGACAGAGAAAGAGCUCAGAGAUGCUCUACUUCUCAUCUUUGCCAACAAACAGGACGUCCCCGGCGCCGUGUCUGUGGAGGAGAUGACGGAGCUCCUGAGCUUACACAAACUGUGCUGUGGUCGCAGCUGGCACAUCCAGGGCUGUGAUGCCCGUAGUGGCAUGGGUUUGCACGAGGGCCUGGACUGGCUCUCACGCCAGCUGGUGGCUGCAGGGGUUUUGGAUGUGGCCUAAGGAACACUUACCCACACUCAACAGACUUAUUAAUGGCUUUAAACUCAAGCCUAUCCAUGCCAUUUGCACACACAUCCCGUUUAUGUUAAACCCACAUUAUCAUGUCAUACCAUCAUACAUUAGUAGACUUACUGCUGUCUGUGCUUAGAAAUAUAGGAGUCCUUUAAGGGAAUAUUCCGGAUUAAAUACAAGUUUUAUUGACAGCUGCAUCUGUGACAACAGGAAUUCGUCAAAAAAUGAACAAAAAACAUGUUGACAGAAAUGCACUUGCAGUGGAGGUCAACUGUUGUUGCAAUGGUUGCCUCAUGGAAUUCCAUUUUAAGUGUAUCAAUGUCAAUUCUUUUUUUCUAUAAACUGAGGGGCGAAUGAUUUGCUGAGUAAUUGACAGUAUAUCACAGAUGAUGUAGAGCAAACCUUAAUCCGGAAUAUUACUUACAUGACUAAACUAAGUAAACUUAUUGUCCCUCACAUCAAACAUUUGGUCCAUGCUAUUAUUCUUUUCAAGGUCAGUUCAUUCAUUUUGUUCAUUUGUGUUAGAGUACUUAAUACACUAAAUUGCUUAGAGAUGUUUUGAGCAUAUACAUUAGAGGAAGGUGUUGAAAAUGAACUGAAAAGCUUAAGCAAAACAGACUAGACCCCUUGGACAUUUUUGUACAGACGCUCUCAUGAAAUCUACAAUAAUGUGUGCAAAUAGCACAGGGUUAAAAUAGUUAGAUGUAAAUGUUUUAACCGUGGGCAAAGCCCCUUAGAUAAGGACAAAACUAGACAUCCAUCACCACAUUCACUGUUUCGAUGUGAAGUGCCUGUUGACGUAUCAGAAUAGCUAGUGAGAAAGGUCAUGAUAUCAAAACCAUUGCCAUCGUUCAAAAGUUACAUGUGUUAAAGUAAUAGAGUGAAUCCGUGAAACUUCUCAAGAAACUGUCUGGGUCAGAAUACCCCCCCGCCCACAAGAAAUUGUAUUUUCUUUAUGCCAUUAUUUUCAUGACAAUUAAGCACAUUUUACCCUCAAAUUUGCAUAACUGUAAUUUCAAAAAAUUCUAAUUCUCAUUACCGUUAUGAGAAAUACUUUGGAUAUAUUAAAUUGUAAAGCGUGCAUACAUUGUAGUAUUUUUUGUGCUGCCUUUAAUAUACACUCACUGGCCACUAUAUUAGAUACACCUGUACAUCUACUUAUUCAUGCGAUUAUCUAAUCAGCCAAUCGUGUGGUAGCAGUGUAAUGUAUAAAAUCUUGCAGAUAUGGGUCAGGAGCUUCAGUUAAUAUUCACGUCAAUCAUCAGAAUGGGGAAAAAAAUGUGAAUUUGAUUUUUGGUGCCAGACGGGCUGGUUUGAGUGUUUCUGUAACUGCUCUCCAGGGAUUUUCACACACAACAACCUCUAGAGUGUAAAGAGAAUGGUGCGGGGAAAAGCAUCAUCCAGCGAGCGGCAGUUCUGUGGGCGAAACGGCUUGUUAAUGACAGAGGUCAGAAGAGAAUGGCCAGACUGGUCCACGCUGACAGGAAGGUGACAGUAACCCAAAUAAAGACACGUUACAACAGUUCUUUGUAGAAAAGCAUUUCUGAACUUACAACACAAACAUUGAGGCUGAUGGGCUACAGCAGAUAAAGACCCCUCCGGUUACCACUACUGUCAGCUUAGAACAGGAAACUGAGGCUGCAGUGGGCACAGGCUCACCAGAAAAACUGGACAGAAGACAACUGAAAAACAUUGCCUGGUCUGACAAAUCUGAAUUUCUGCUGAGGUACACAAAUGGUUGGCCCACUGCAGCCUCCGUUUUCUGUUCUUGGCUGACAGAAGUGGAACCCAACAUGGUCUUCUGCUGUUGUAGCCCAUCCACUUCAAGGUUCGACAUGUGCAUUCUAAGAUGCUAUUCUGCUCACUACAAUUGUACAGAGUGAUUAUCUGAGUUACCGCAGCCUUUCUGUCAGCUCAAACCAGUCUGGCCAUUCUCCGUUGACCUCUCUCAUCAACAAGGCAUUUCCGUCCACAGAAUUGCCGCUCACUGGAUGUUUUUGGCACCAUACUGAGUAAACUCUAGAGACUGUUGUGUGUGAAAAUCCCAGGAGAUCAGCAGUUACAGAAAUACUCAAACCAACCUGUCUGGCACCAACAAUCAUGCCAUGGUCGAAAUCACUGUGAUCACAUUUUUGCCCCAUUCUGAUGGUUGAUGUGAACAUUAACUGAAGCUCAUGACCCAUAUCUGCCUGAUUUUAUACAUUACACUGCUGCCACACAAUUGGCUGAUUAGAUAAUCGCAUUAAUAAGUACAGGUGUAUCUAAUAACGUAGCCGGUGAGUGUAUAUUGAUUUGAAGUAUCUCAUUUAAAUUAGAUUCUCAUUACUGUAAUAUAGUAUUUUUUACAGUAAUGAGAAUUAUUGUUGAGAAUAAAAAUACCAAAAAAAAAAAAUAAUAAUUUUGGUAUGCAUUACGAGAGAGUAUUUUGGGGUAAAAUUGUGUUUAAUUGUAAUGAAAAAUGUCACAAUGCAAAAAUUCUCAAUGGCCCUAAAAUACUUUCUUCUCUUUAUUUUAGGGUGCAAUAUGAUCUGGACAUGUGUUGUUGUAAGAUUCAACAAAUAACACACCCUUAUACUUGAUGUCCCCAGCUGUUUAUUUUUUUUAUUUUUUAUUGCUUUAGUGAAUUCUCUGGACUUUGAAAUGAGCCUGUAAAUAUUUAUUUAAAUAUACUUUGUGGUCUUAAGACUGGUGCAUGGAUGUGUAUGUUGCAAAAACAAAAAAAUAGUUACUGAUUAUAUUUUAAUGGAGGAUUUUAUUUGGCCUCUGCUUCAUCUUCCUUUGUGUGACGUGCAUAAACUUUAGUUUAUCUGGCCAAGAAUGCCAAAUGUCCUCUCUAAACAACCUUGAACUUUGGAAUAAGUAUUCCUUUACCUUUUAUAACAAAAUAAAAAAUUGUUACGUCAUAUGCAUUUAGGUUAUAUAUACACUUUAUCUAUAACUCAGAUGUAGCCAUAUUUUAAAGCUCCAUUAUUAGACAUAGUUUGUUUUUAGAAACCAUCCUUUGGUUUGAAACGUUGUUCCUCAUUGCUAUGUAAUGUUGACUAACUGUACUUAGGAAAAGCAUGUGUGAUGCAUUUCAAGUUGUGAAAGAUUUUGUUAAUGUGGCUUUUGGAAACCUCAAUCACAGUGCAUCCAAACAUUUGUUUCUUGUUGAUUUGAUGACAGCUUUUUGUAUAACCAUUCAUAAUGUUACGCUAUUAAAAACAAAGCUGAAAAA